AACACCUUCCUCACAAGUCGGAUGUUCACAUGUCAUCAUGCGGUUGGCAUGGGAUGCAUAUUAUAUAAAACUAUUCCUUUUCAAAUCCUAGAAAUAAGAUUGCACGUUUUUGAUCCACACAACCAAAAAAAUCAAAUGGAGAUGGAGGGAGAGUUGAAGAAGGUGUUAAAAUAUUGGAUGGAAGGAGAAAUCACCAGUUUCGUCAAGGUAUGGCUGUCGGCUUAUCUCUCUCUAACCUACUGUUACAUCGCCGCCAAGAUGUUCCGGAGCGCCGCCGCCAGACUCGCCGCCUUCCUCCCAGUGGUGUGCCUCCUCCUCGUCCUCCCUCUCCAGCUCCACUCCAUGCACCUAGUGGGCACCACCGCCUUCUUCCUCGCCUGGCUCGCCACCUUCAAACUCCUCUUGCUCGCCUUCCACCAAGGCCCUCUCUCCACUCCCUCUCUCUCUCUUCUAAGAUUUCUUGCUGUUGCUUGUCUUCCGAUCAAACUCCGUCAAGACGACGCAAAGAAAAAGGACUCCGGAAAAGGCCCCAAAUCACUGUUAAAUUACGGUGUUAAGGGAGUUUUGUUUGGUUUACUGCUUAAGAUAUACGAUUACGAAGAUCACAUCCAUCCCUAUGUAAUAAUGGUGCUGUACAGUUUCCAUGUGUAUCUGUCCUUGGAGCUGAUACUGGCGACCGCGGCGGCGACGGCGCGCGGAUUGCUCGGCGCGGAGCUGGAGCCGCAGUUCAACGAGCCGUACCUGUCGACGUCGCUGCAGGAUUUCUGGGGGCGGCGGUGGAACCUCAUGGUAACGCGUAUACUGCGGCCCGCGGUAUACCUCCCCGUGCUGGGGUGGUCGGCGGGGAUCGUGGGGAGGAAGUGGGCCCCGCUGCCAGCUGUCAUGUCGGCCUUCGCUGUAUCGGGAUUUAUGCACGAGCUGAUAUUCUACUAUUUCGGGCGCGUGAAGCCCACGUGGGAGAUCACUUGUUUCUUCCUGCUGCACGGCUCGUGUUUGGCGGCGGAGAUUGUUGUGAAGAAGGCGGUCAACGGCCGGUGGCGGUUGCCUUGGGCGGUGGGGACGGUGCUGACCGCUUCAUUCGUGUUGGUUACGGGGCUCUGGCUGUUUUUCCCGCCGAUGCUGCGGUGUAAAGGGGAUGAGAGGGGACUUGCAGAGGUAGCGGCCGUCGGCGCCUUUCUCAAGGAUGUUGUUCGAGCUAUGAUUAUCACGGUCAACCCGUAGACCCACAUUUUCCGCCAAUCUCUCUCUAUUUUUUCUAUAAGACCAGUCAAAAUCUUGUCUCUCGUUUGCUGAUGCAGACACAAUAAAAUUAAAAUCGUAUUAUUAGGUCUGACUUUACUUUGAAUCAAGCAAGCCUUGUUAUCGGGUUAUCUAU